CCAGAAUCACUUCAUACAGCGGUCCGCUGAGGGUAAACAAGUACCAAAAUAUCUCCGGCAGAUUGCAACAAAUACGACUUAUGGAUUUCUACUUUGGAUUUCUUAAAUCCGGCCAAUCUAAGGUGUCAUGGAUGAGCCUCACCUUUCUUUACUCAAUGCUGUACAUGUGGUGCAGCGUAGAGUGCUGGUCGUAUUAUUACUCUAACACCACCAUGAACUGGGAGGAAGCCAGAGCCUGGUGCCAGCAGAGCUACACUGACAUGGUGGCCAUCCAGAACCAGGAGGAAAUCAAACAUCUCAACAGCUGGCUUCCCAAGAAGAGCACGUAUUACUGGAUAGGGAUCCGCAAGAUCAACAACGUUUGGACCUGGGUUGGGACCAACAAGGCUCUGACGGUAGAAGCAACCAACUGGGCGAAGGGCGAACCAAAUAAUGGCAAACAAAGAAGCAAACAAGGCAAGAACGAGGACUGCGUGGAGAUGUAUGUGAAGCGAGACCAGCAGCCUGGCAAGUGGAAUGAUGAGAGGUGCGACAAGUUGAAGACCGCUCUGUGCUACACAGCUGCCUGUAAGGAGGACUCGUGCCUGCACGGAGAAUGUGUGGAGACCAUUAACAGUCACAAGUGCGAGUGCUUUGAAGGCUUUUAUGGAGAAAAGUGCGAUCAAGUGGUUCAGUGUGACGGACACGAGGUGACAGUCCCUAAUAAAGGACAUGUGCACUGUUCUGAUAAGUAUGGAGAGUUUUCCUACGACUCCCUGUGCCAGUUUUCUUGUGAGGAAGGAUAUCACUUAAGUACAGAAACACCCAUGAGAUGCACCGCCUCCAAAACCUGGUCCCAGUCACCCCCUACUUGUGAAUUGGAUCAGUGUGAGCCCCUCACUCGUCCAGACAAAGGCUCCGUGGAGUGCUCGGACCCUCUGGGCCCCUCCAGCUAUCAGUCCAGCUGUGUGUUCAGCUGUGAUGAAGGCUUUGAGCUCAUCGGUGCCCAGUCCAGCCGCCUGCAGUGUGAAUCAUCUGGACGCUGGAACGACUCGCAGCCCUCCUGUGUUGCUGUCCAGUGCUCUCCUCUCCUGGAGCUUCUGCACGGUUCUGUCAGCUGUGGAGAAGGUGAAGGCAAGUUCAGCUAUGAGGGCAUCUGCAGCUUCACCUGCACUCCAAGUUACCGCCUGGUGGGAGCGAGCACAGUGACGUGCACAUCAGCAGGUGUAUGGAGCGACGAGCUGCCUCACUGUGAAGCCGUCAGAUGCCAGAAACCGGAGGGCCGAGCUCACCUGGUCAGUCGCUGCAGCCACACAGACCUACGGCUCAACUCCACCUGCACCUUCAGCUGUGAUGAAGGUUUUGAGCUGCAGGGAUCAACGACCACCCAGUGCUCUGAGACUGGCAGCUGGAGCGAAGACACAGCUUCCUGCAAACCCGUCCAGUGUCCCGCUCUGCAGGAGCUCGAACACGGUUCUGUCAGCUGCGGAGGUGACAGCGAUGUGAGGUUUGGCUACGGCAUCACCUGCAGCUUCAGCUGUAAUACAGGAUUUGAACUUCUGGGAGCGAAAACGACUCAGUGUUCUGAGGACGGACAGUGGAGUGCAGAUAAACCUACAUGCAAAGCAAUCGAGUGUCCUGCACCUGUGGAUGUGACACAAGGGCAGAUCAGGUGUGUGGCCCCUUUUCACUCCUCACCCAUUUUGGCUGAUGCUCCCCAUCUGUACGGCACAGUCUGCACCUUCAGCUGUGAUAAAGGUUUUGAGCUGCAGGGAUCAACGACCACCCAGUGCUCUGAGACCGGGAGCUGGAGCGAAGACGCACCUUCCUGCAAAUCCGUCCAGUGUCCCGCUCUGCAGAAGCUCGAACACGGUUCUGUCAGCUGCGGAGGGGAGGGCGAUGUGAAGUUUGGCUACGGCAUCACCUGCAGCUUCAGCUGUCAUACAGGAUUUGAACUUCUGGGAGCGAAAAUGACUCAGUGUUCUGAGGACGGACAGUGGAGUGCAGACAAACCUACAUGCAAAGCGAUCGAGUGUCCUGCACCUGUGGAUGUGACACAAGGGCAGAUCAGGUGUGUGGCCCCUUUUCAAUCCUCACCCAUUUUGGCUGAUGCUCCCCAUCUGUACGGCACAGUCUGCACCUUCAGCUGUGAUGAAGGUUUUGAGCUGCAGGGAUCAACGACCACCCAGUGCUCUGAGACCCGGAGCUGGAGCGAAGACACAGCUUCCUGCAAACCCGUCCAGUGUCCCGCUCUGCAGGAGCUCGAACACGGUUCUGUCAGCUGCGGAGGGGAGGGCGAUGUGAGGUUUGGCUACGGCAUCACCUGCAGCUUCAGCUGUCAUACAGGAUUUGAACUUCUGGGAGCGAAAAUGACUCAGUGUUCUGAGGACGGACAGUGGAGUGCAGACAAACCUACAUGCAAAGCAAUCGAGUGUCCUGCACCUGUGGAUGUGACACAAGGGCAGAUCAGGUGUGUGGCCCCUUUUCACUCCUCACCUGUUUCAGCUGGUGCUCCCCAUCUGUACGGCACAGUCUGCACCUUCAGCUGUGAUGAAGGCCAUGAGCUCCAAGGUGCACUCAGCACAGAGUGUGCACAAUCCGGCCAGUGGACCUCCACCCCGCCUACCUGCUCAGCGGUGAGAUGCUCUGUGCUCGAGGCUCCUGAUAACGGUCUCGUCAACUGCUCAGACGCUGAGCCUGUCUACAACUCCCAGUGCUCCUUCACAUGUAGUCAAGACCACACACUGCACGGGCAAGAGACUUUGACUUGUGAUCAUCACGGCAACUGGACUGGAACGACACCGGUCUGCCAAGCUUUUACUACACUGUCACUUAAGACCAUCACUAUUGGAGCAACAACAGGCGCCGGCGUGGCGUUGUCUGGCCUGUCUCUGGUGAUGUGGCUGCUGAAGCGACUGAAGCGGAAGGGAAACAAGUUUGAGUUGAACAGUAAUUCCGACAUCGAGGUCCCACCACAAGUCUAUAAAAACAGCACCGACAGCCUCAUUUAGAGCUCCGAAGCAUUCUUCACAUUUCACACCUCUGUAUUGUGUAUUUGAUGAUUUGUUCCAUUGUGUUUCCUGUGUGAUGUUCAGACACGUCUGAAAAUGUAUUUAUUUGCUUCCAAAGGGAGUUUUACAUUGAACAUAUUGUUCUGCAGUUACAUGCUGGGAAGCCGGCUUUCUUCAUGUCAGUGGUGACUUACUGUUUCAGAACUGUGAAACAUUUCAGUAUUUAUGAACUA